CAACCUCCCUCCUCUCCAGGUGCACCAUCACCUCCACUGGAAGUGGCCAUCCUUGAUGCCAGUAGGGAGCACAUCAAUGUCACCUGGAAGCCUCCAGCCAAGGAUGGUGGUUGUCCAGUCACCGGAUACCAUGUGGAGGUGGCAGAGGCCCGUCCAGAGCUGAAGUGGCUCAGGGUUAACAGCAGACCCAUCAAGGAUCUAAAGUUCAGGAUUGAUGAUGGAAUCAAACCAGAGAAGAAAUAUGUCAUUAGGGUUCGGGCCAUCAACUCUGUUGGUGUCAGUGAUCCCUCUGAUGUCUCCGAUAAGGUCUCCACCAAAGAUCCUGACUGUGCUCCAACUAUGGAUCUGGAAGCACAAGACGUGAUAGUGGUUGAAGGUGAGAAGCUACACCUGAACAUCCCCUACAGGGCAAUCCCGGCACCCAAGAUGGUUUGGCAGAAGGACACAGUGGAGUGUAAGGCUGGUGACCGGCUCACCAUGACAGUGGAGAUGAACAGCGCUCACCUGGAGCUGCUCAAGUGCACACGUGCUGACGGUGGUGCUUACACCAUCACUCUGGAGAACAGUCUGGGAACUGCCACUGGAACCAUCAAUGUCAAAGUCAUCGGACUCCCUGGUCAGUGUAAAAACAUCACCUCCAGUGACGCUACCAAGAACAGCUGCAAAAUCAGUUGGGAAGCCCCAGAGGAUGAUGGCGGCACCCCCAUUGUCAGCUAUACCCUGGAGCGUCGUGAAGCAUCCAAAAAGACCUACAUGCCUGUCAUGUCAGGAGACAAUGUCCUGACGUGUACCGUCAAAGACCUCUUUGUCAACUGUGAGUACUACUUCAGGGUAAAAGCUAUCAACAAGGUCGGAGCAGGAGAAUAUCUGGAGUUACGCAGCCCGGUCAUCACAGAAGAAAUCAAACAGAAACCAGACCCACCCAUCCAGGUGGAAGCUCAUGACCCGACCUCCAAGUCCAUCACAGUCACCUGGAAGGCUCCAGACUAUGAUGGUGGCUGUCCCAUCCAGGGCUACGUCAUAGAGAAGAUUGAGAAGGAUGGCGAUCGCUACGAGAGGGUCACUCCAAACCUGGUUCCUGGUUUCUCCUACGUUGUGACGGGCCUGAAGGAGGACAUGGAGUACCAGUUCAGGGUCCGAGCUGAGAAUGCUGCCGGAGUCAGCGAGCCGUCACGAAGCUCACAGCUUAUCAAGGCUGCAGAUCCCGUUGAGAAACCAAAGGUCACCCUGCAUGCCCGUGUGCAGUCCGGCCUGUGUGUCAAGAAAGGUGAUGAAAUCUGCAUUGACGCCUAUAUCUCUGGCUCCCCAUAUCCCAAAGUCACCUGGCUGAGGAAUGAUGAGGAUGUGACCAAAGAGCCCACCAAGAAGAUCGUUCCUGUUGUCAAGAAGAAGAAGACGAAGGCCAAGGUUCCAGAACCAGAGGUCGAGUUUGUGACUCCCCUGCGUGAGCGUCUGGGUAUAGACCAGACCAAGAAGGGCCGGUCUGCGCUGAUGAUCCGUGACGCUGUCAGAGUUGACCAUGGCACCUUCACUAUCAAGGUGGAAAACACUCAUGGUGUUGCCACUGCUUCCUGCACCGUCAACGUUCAGGACAAACCUGGUCCCCCGAUCAACAUCACCUUUGAUGAGAUCAGGAACACCUCGGUCAUCUGUAACUGGGAGCCUCCUGAGGAUGAUGGUGGCAGCGAGAUCCUAAACUACAUUCUGGAGAAGAAGGACAACAAGAACGAAGAGAUCAGCUGGAUCACUGUCACCUCCACCCUGAAGGGCACCAGCUGCCCCAUCACCAAGCUCAUUGAAGGAAAGGAGUACAUCUUCAAAGUCACUGCUGAAAACAAGUAUGGCUGCGGUGCACCGUGCAUCUCCGAGCCGCUUGUCGCCAAGAACCAAUUCAGUCCUCCUGACGCUCCCAAUACUCCCAGAGUCCACGAGGUGACGGCAAGCACCGCCCACAUCUCCUGGCAUGAACCAAAGGACAACGGAAGCCCGAUCCUGGGCUACUGGAUCGAGAGGAAGGAGGUGAACAGCAAACACUGGACCAGAGUCAACCGAGCCCUAAUCAACUCUCUCGAGGUGAAGGUGACCGGGCUGAUGGAGGGCCUGACCUACAUCUUCAGAGUGUGUGCUGAAAACCUGGCCGGCCCCGGGCCCUUCAGCGAGCCGAGCGAUCGCACCACAGCCAUGGAUGCAAUCCUGCCUCCUGGUCCACCCAUUCCAUGGAUCGUGGACACUGGAAAGGACAGCGUUGUUGUGGCCUGGAAGCCCCCACUGUUCAAUGGUGGUGGAGACAUCCUGGGAUACCAUGUUGAGAAGGUGCUGAUGGGAGAAAAAGACUGGACCCGCAGCACCGAGUUCAGGUGUAAAGAGCUGACAUACACUGUGACAGGCCUCACUGAGGGAGCUGAUUAUUACAUCCGGGUCUUGGCGGUCAACGAUGCAGGCCCAGGAGCUCCCGGUGUUACUGAACCCGUCACCGUCAAAGAGCCCCAAGAAUCUCCUGCUGUGGAUUUUGAUGUCUCUGUGAAGAACGGUGUCAUGAUUAAGGCUGGCGAGUCUUUGAGGCUUCCUGCUGUGGUGACUGGUCGUCCCCAGCCAGAGGUCAAAUGGACCAAAGAUGGGGCUGAAAUCGACAAAGAGAGGAUGAUUGUAGAGACCGUGGGCAAAAACAGCACACUGUUCAUCAAGACGACUGUGAGGGCGGAUCACGGAGUGUACCAGAUCACCGGCACCAACAGCAGCGGGAGCAAAACUGCUGAGACCAGAGUGGAUGUUAUGGGUUAG